UUUGUAUAAUGAUUGUGUAUAUUAUUAAAUAUACCAAUAUAACACGGAGUUAAUAUUAAGCUUGUACUCGCACAAUUUAUGUUCAAAUAUCUCUGUUUUACAGCUAACGUACGCUUGACUGAGCCGGCUCUGUAAAAGAAGACGAGCUCACAUUGUUAAUCACGCACAGAGGUUUUCAAUUUCCAACUAUGGGACGGUAAACUGAUAUGACUGCGUCUUUCAACGACCCCAAACAGGAAGCUUUGUAGGCUUAUUUAGCUCUGCUAAUGGAAAAGGUAGAGUUCGCAACAGAGUCAAGGCAUACAAUUACAGCGAAGGCAGUUAUGGGUGUGUAUUAAGGAAGUUAAGUGUUGCAAUGACAUGCAUAGCUGAAUGGGUAACUUACAGAGCGUUCUGCUUGAGUAAAAUGGGAUGUUGAGUUGAGUUCUAAGACUAAAUUAAAGGACUAGGCAAAUGUUUGACAGGUGCGUUAAAAUACAGACAGACAAAAUUAACAUGGGUACACAAAUACGUUCGGGACUUAUAGCUAUUAUAUUUGGAAACAUCGUACCUGGGGUAGCGGCAAGUGGCUCAAAUAUUGGCGGACUCAUCGCAGCAGCCGUCAUCAGCUUUUUCUGCCUUGUUGCUGCCGUCGUCAUGGUUUUCAUCGCGUUUCUAUGGCGGGACUGGUAUUUAAAACGGCAGCUACAAAAGGGGAAGCGUCGGGUGGCGAGGAACCUCGCCCCAUUGCGGCUCUGGCGGUCCCGCUCGAAGCCCAGCCUCAACACGACCCCUGCGUCCGCGAGGAGGAUUAUUGGCGUCGCCAGCCGGGAGUCCACUAUGAACCGGCAGCAGUUAAUACGGGGAGACUCAUGGUUCUCACAAGUUCAAGGAGGCAAGAGAUUUGAAGAGAAGGUUCAGACAAUCGAACUGGAAGCGGAAGAAGACGAUGUCGUAGUGGCGGAAAUCAUGCCAGACGAGAACAACAUCCGAUCUACGCAGCAUCUUCGCACGACCUAUACGCAGCAGACGACGCCUACCAGUUACGUCACGACAAGGCUAGGGGAUGAGGAAACGUCAUUUUCGCGUCCCAAUGGUACCACUACCACCGACACCGUCGCGUCCGGUUUAGGCAACACGUAUUAUGUCCCUAUAAGCAAAGGACCGGCCGCUUCCGCUGCUUCGCAGAUGAGCCAGACGACAGCGCCGUCUCGCAUCAGCUACGAGCCAUAUCACGUGCAUUCUGCUCACCUGUCACAGACGACCCGACCACAGAACGGGAAUACCGACAUAUUCAUCACGCCAUUGAUUCCGACGUCCUCAAAAGGCGCUGCUAUGAUGGAAUUUGAUUCCGACGAAGAGGCCGGAAACGUUCCGAACCCUAAGGCGCGGGAGGAGGUUGACGUUUUGUUUUAAUGACACCAGUCAUCAUUUAUAACAAUUUGUAACAACAAAUCUUUUUUUCCUAUUA